AUGGAUGCUGAGGAGAACUUGUGUCCCCCAGGAAAAUCUCCUCAACUUAUGGAAUACAAAUGCUGUAUUUACUGUCCAGAACAUGAAAAAGUAGCUGGCUGUGAACCUUACAACUGUACGGAAAUCAAUGCCUGCUUGUCUAUAAACGAUCGACCUCGGCGCAUUCGUUUGAUUCUUACCAAAAAGAACAUCGCCACCCUUCCAAAUAACGUGUUCAAUGGAGUAUCGAAAGUUACUGAUCUGAAUCUGUCCAAAAAUAUCAUUCAAGUGCUUCCUCAUAACGUGUUCAAUGGAUUGACAAAACUUACGAUGCUUGAUUUGGGAUAUGCUGUGUCAGAUUUACUCAUGGGUAUCUACCUACUGAUAAUAGGUGUUGUGGGUGCGUAUUACGAAGGUGUAUACGCCUGGAAUGAUCAGAAAUGGAGAAACAGUAUCUUAUGUACCACGGCAGGUAUAUUAUCUAGUAUAUCCAGCGAGAUGUCGACCUUCCUCAUUCUGAUGGUGACGGUAGACAGACUUAUUGUCAUCAUGUUCCCUCUGUCCCGUCUCUCCCAAAGGAGUAUCACAUGGAAACACGCUUUAGUUGUCUCAUUGAUAUUAUGGAUUGUUGCUGUCAUACUUGGUAUUAUCCCUGUUGUUACUCUGCAGUCCUACUUCAAAGGAGAAUUCUACUCUCAAUCGAGUGUUUGUCUGGCCUUGCCUCUUAAAGGAGAUGCGCGCCCGGGGACUGAAUAUUCCUUUGCUGUCUUUGUCUGCCUCAACAGCAUCGUAUUUCUUAUAAUUGUAGUAUGUCAAAUUUGUAUUUGCAAAAGUUUGAGGAGAAGUGGUCGUCGCAGUGCCUCUUCGCAGAAUCGUCAAAGAGAGAUUACUGUAGCAACGACUCUGUUCUUUGUGGUGGCGACAGACUUUUGUUGCUGGUUCCCUGUUGGUGUCAUGGGUGUCGUAUCACGGUUUGGAAUUGAAAUACCUGACUGGGUGUAUGCCUGGGUGAUGGUGUUUGUGCUACCUAUCAAUGCCGCCAUCAAUCCGUUUCUUUAUACUGCUACAGCUGUGUGGAGGGGGAGACGGAAGAGUAACUACCUUUGA